UUGGUUUCUGCAGCAUCGGAUCAGACAGCGACGCACUGACGUGAAGCCGCGCAGCAGCUUCCUCCUGCAGCCGCAGCGCGGCGACUUUAAGACGAGUCCACGGAUGACAUCAUUGAUGUUGUCAAUGGUGUGAGGGAGCGAGAGAAGGGGGGAGAGAGAGAGAGAGAGAGAAGGACCCCGGUGUCUGGUUUCGGCGGAUUUUUUCCCCCCUCCCUCCAAAAAAAAAGGAAAAGGAGAUCGUGACAGUGGGAAUCUAUCUCUCGUAGACUGGGAUCUGCUUCAUAUCGAUGAUAUACAUUUUAUUUUAUAUGUGCAUCUGUUUUUUGGGGGUGUUUCGGGUCAAAGAUCUCCGCGGACAUGGGGCCCUGCUUCGCUGUCCGGGGUCCUGAGUGAGACGCAGUCAGCCGGACGUCACCCGUGGGAUUCUCAGAAGCCAUGGAGUUGAGGGUGGGGAACAAGUACCGCCUCGGGAGGAAGAUCGGGAGCGGAUCCUUUGGAGACAUCUACCUGGGUUCUAACAUCGCCACGGGAGAGGAAGUAGCCAUCAAGCUGGAAUGUGUGAAAACCAAACAUCCACAGCUCCACAUCGAGAGCAAGUUUUACAAGAUGAUGCAGGGAGGAGUGGGAAUCCCGUCCAUCAAGUGGUGCGGAGCGGAGGGCGACUACAACGUCAUGGUGAUGGAGCUGCUGGGCCCCAGCCUGGAGGACCUGUUCAACUUCUGCUCCCGCAAGUUCAGCCUGAAGACGGUCCUGCUGCUGGCCGACCAGAUGAUCAGCAGGAUCGAAUACAUCCACUCCAAGAACUUCAUCCACAGGGACGUGAAGCCCGACAACUUCCUGAUGGGCCUCGGCAAGAAGGGCAACCUGGUCUACAUCAUCGACUUCGGCCUGGCCAAGAAGUACCGAGACGCCCGAACGCACCAGCACAUCCCCUACCGGGAGAACAAGAACCUGACCGGCACCGCCCGCUACGCCUCCAUCAACACCCACCUGGGCAUCGAGCAGUCGAGGCGAGACGACCUGGAGUCCCUGGGCUACGUCCUCAUGUACUUCAACCUGGGCUCCCUGCCCUGGCAGGGCCUCAAGGCCGCCACCAAGAGGCAGAAGUACGAGCGCAUCAGCGAGAAGAAGAUGUCCACGCCCAUCGAGGUGCUCUGCAAGGGAUACCCAUCCGAGUUCUCCACGUACCUGAACCUGUGCCGCUCGCUGCGCUUCGACGACAAGCCCGACUACUCGUACCUGAGGCAGCUCUUCAGGAACCUCUUCCACCGGCAGGGCUUCUCCUACGACUACGUCUUCGACUGGAACAUGCUCAAGUUUGGGGCGGGCCGGGCCGCAGACGACGGAGAGAAGGAAAGGAGGGAGGCGAAAGAGGGCGAGGAGCGAGCGGGGGGGGGCCAGAGGGGAGCCGGGGGUCGCGCCCCGCAGCCCGGUCCCAACAACCCUGCCGCGGCCAACCGGGUCGUCAGGAACGAGGCGGACGCCGCUCCCUCCAACCCGACCGCUCGCGGGGUCGUCCAGCCGUCAGGUAACCGCUCGCCUCAGGCCGGCCGGGCCGAGCGGGCCGAGCGGGAGAGGAAGGUGGCCAUGAGGCUUCACCGCGGGGCCCCCGCCAACGUGUCCGCCUCCGAGCUCCACGCACGCCAGGACCCGCCGCGCGCCGCUGGCUCGCAGGUCAGUGUGGCGUUUGAACAUCUGGCAAAGUGAGUUACUCCCGGGCCGAAGGUGAGUACGAACACAAACCGCACGCUUGAACAACCGUCCGUGUCUUUUGUCCGUGGUGACCUCUGACCCUUACCAUUCAUAGACAUGAAGAAAGAUGGUUUUUUACAACUGCAGUGAUUCAGAGAGAUGAGAACUGAAAAUUACAGUCAUUUAGCGAAUAAAUAGACAAGUAGACGGAGACGUGUUGUGUAUAAUAAAUUUAAAAAAGACGUUUUUCACGUUUUCUUCUUUCAGGAAUUUGAAAAAGGUGUCCUUGUAGAAUGAGUGUUGCGCGCCCAUCGUGUUCUAAUAUGGUACAAAUAUGAAAUAAUGGCGUUUUGAACCGGGAUGGAUGUAAAUGUUGUCGGAGGCAUUCAGCCGCGACGGAAAAUCCCCAAAAAGUAAUUACAACUCCAAGUAAAAGAAAUCUGUGUUUUAAUGGUCUGUGGUCUUGUCUUAUUGCUGAUAUAUAUCAUACUAACAGGUAAAUAACCCCAAUGCACCGUUCAUUGGUGCCAUGGAGGUCCAUUCCGGUCCUAAAACUAGUCAUAUACCACCAUCACCAUUAACUAUUUACUGUGCAGACACUGCUGUAAAUAUAAAAAUGUUUAUGAAUAAAUACUCAUGAGGGAAUUUAAGCUGCUGAUGAAAAUAGUCUUGAGUGACGUUUGCCAAAUAACAAGCAGCGUUUGGUGCCUGGUUUAAAAGAUGAAUGUCUUCAGUAGGAACUAAUGGGCUUUGGGCCACAGAACAGGUAACAAAGUCACAAUGAAUCCAAGUGUAUUGUUUGUAUCACUUCUACACAAUAAAUACAGAAGGUCCCAUCAUUUACCCACAAGUAACACGUCGCUUCUCUUCUGGCGCUGUUGUUUCUUUGUGGUUCAGCAGCUGCAGGGUAUCAAGAACCCUUUACUUUUCAAAUGGAUGAAUGAGAACAUGAGUGACAGGAGGAGGCGUUUCGGGCCCUCGGAGGAGGGGGUGGAGGCCGUCCAGUGGCGACCAGGAAGAGCCGCGGUGAAGUUGGCGUGAUGCAACCCGGCGGGUACAAACCACCCCCCCUACUGGCUUGGGACACUUUUUUGGGGGGAUGUGGCCCGGAAAGGUGGGAGCGGGCCAAACCACACACUGGUCCCGCCCCUUCGUUAAUAAUAUUCACCUGCACAUCGACCCAGAGGCUCAACUUGCAAAAAAAAAAAAAAAAAAACAGCAGAAAGUGCACAAAAUGGACUUAAUUACACACACACACACACUGUGGUUUACACCUGUGAUCCAAAGCAACUGUUAACCUGCUACAUCCGCUGCUUGUGGUGGUGUUGGUGGUGGAUGGUGCUGCUUCUGGUCCAUCGGUGUCCGUGUCCGUCUCCGUGUUACUGUCUUAGUGUUUUGGACUGGCUUCAGACAGCCUGAGAGACGGAGGAGGGGGUUUCAUUGGUACCAGAAGGCCGGAGCCUGAUUUAAAACCUCCUUUUCUUCAGCACACUUGUCGCCCUCUCGCCUGAGAACAUGCUGGUCGGAUGUGGAAAGGGAACUAAGUGAAGAUUGUGUGAUUCGGUACGACAGCUUGUUACUGCGGGUCUGAAAAGACUCGUCUUGAGGAUCUUGGUGGCAAACCAGCGAGCUCCUUAGUUUUGCUUUUAUAAUACAUGUAAAAUGUAAAUAGCGUUGGCCAGAAUGUGACAGAUAGUUUGAUGACGGUGGCCAGGAGAGAAGAGGACUGUUUACCUCCUGACUGCGAUGGGGAAAGAUGCCCCACCGACCUUUAGAGUCCGCCAAAAGUGUGUGUUUUUGUUCCCACUGCGGACAGAGCGCUUCUUGUUGAUAUGUCAGUCAGGACGGACUGAUGAGCAGUCUGAUGUCCGCUACAUUUCUUUACCAUGCUUCAACUUUAUAACUAUGACAUUUGUGUAUAUUUUCUGAAUCAAUAAAAAUAUACACAGCUUA